CAGAGCUCUCAGCCACGCAGAGCGCCAACUUGCUCAGCCCACCCCCCAUUCUCAAAAGCAGGGGUUCACGUUAAAUAUUAAAACCAUACCUGGGACGACUUGAAUCCUCUCAUAUCCCAUCCUGCAACUCAACACCUCAUUUAUUCGUUGAUAUCCGCUCCAGUCGAGAAAAGUCCAGCAGCCCAACGCCGAAGAAGUAUCCCAAUCCGCGCAUAUACAGCCUUCCUUCAAAAUGCAGACCCCCGCCCUCAUCACCCUCGUUCUCGCUGCCUCGGUCUCGGCGGUGGCCCACCCAGGUCCAGCCGUGACUGGUGCUCCGCUGAUGGCCCGCGACGAGGCGGAAUGCGCCAAGGGGGCCGCAAGCAUCGCGAGCAAUAUGCCGCCUGUCCCCACUGGCGCUCUUGGGAGCUGGGUCGCCGAACACGACGCUUUCCAGAUCGUUCAGAGCGCACUGGACGAGGGAAACAGGAUCGACAACGGGGACGAGCUCUGCCAGGCCGUGACGAGCUCCCCCACCCCGCCCGAGUCGCUGUCGAGCUCCUGGAGCAGCUACAGCAGCCGGCUCAACAGCUGGCAAUCCAGCGCCGCCCCCACAAUCAGCAGCGUUGCCGCCCAGUGCACCGACAACGGCCCCGCCGGCAUACUCGGCGCCGGCUUGGAACUUGCCCUUGCCACCGACGUCCCCCAGUGCACCAACGCCGUCAACCGGUACAACAAGGCGCUUGAGAACGCUGCCGCGGGCUCCCCGAGAUAUCUUUCCGCUGUUGCUGGCGUCGCCGGUCUGGCUGCUGCUGUCAUGCUAUUUUAAGCAUGGGCAGUGGUAGUUUCUUGUCUCAGGGUCGUGGGCAUGGGCGCAUGUUACUAGCUGGAGGGAACUUAUGUAUGAAGGUCUACAUUUUGGGCAGGGAUUCGACAUAGAUACCAGGAGCCUAGUUAAAUAGGCUGUGUCCCCUUUUGCGCAAAGAUACCCAAGGGUUGCAGUAAUGCUACAGCAUAAAAAGGGGUUUAUAAUCCGAGGUCUCCUUCGCCCUUCGGGCUCCGUUAUGGGUGUACCAACGUACAGAGUGACAGGUUCUCCGGAGUUUGGGGGGUGUCAACUCGAGGUGCUUAUGUACGGUCUAUCGUCCUAUCGUCAUAUGUACAUAUAUACACACACCAUUGAGCGUGGUUGCUGUUUACAAUCCCGCUCUAACCUGCGAUGCUCCC